AUGGAAUCUAAUAUGGAGGAUGAUAUGAGUGAUUGGGGUUUACUUAGUAUUGCAGACAUACUAGACGUUAAUUCCUUUCGCAAAAACGAAGUUUUAACAAGUACAGUUACUACCCUUGAUGAUUUUGAAAUACCAUUGCUUUCAUGUGACCCUGCCUAUGCAGCACGGUACAUUCAGAUGCUUAUAGAAAACUCCAAGUGCAGCGUGGCGAAUCAAAAUAGCAAUCUUGAGGAGAUAGAUAAGUCUCGUUCCGUUAAACUCAAACGAUCCCUUGCUGCUUCUGAACUUAUUCGUGAAAGACUAUUGGGAGCAAUAGAAUCAUUUGCCCUGACAGUACAGCAAGAGAACCACAAGCCUAGUUUUUUACAGAUUGUGGUUCAUCUAGGCUCCAUUGUGUGCCCAGCCAUUGGUCCCUUUUGUGACGCUCUCAUUGAGGGUACAGAAGCUAUGGCUUUGAAAAGUAUUUCCUCUCCAAAAGAAAUUGGCUCAUGCGUGGAGGUACUUCAACUCUUUAGGUCUCGGAUAAAUAUGUCCCAUUUGACAAAGGAGCAACAAAGAAGACUUUUUUUUGCUGAGUUUUCUUUAGCGUUACGCUCUGAAAGACUUGGUGUUGUUGUGAAUUGCCUUUUACAACAACCAACUAAGGAUGUAAUACAGGGGGAGUAUACCCCUCCUCCUUUAGAACAUCGUGUAAGUUUUGUAAAGGCAAAAACCGAUGGAUUUCUAACACGAAGCUGUGAGUUAUCUUUUUCCAUUCAUUCAACUCGGGUGUCCUGUUUCCCAACCGACGAGAGGCUUGUUGUGUGUAGUGGGAAUCGGGGAUGUGUCUUUGAUCAAUUGGGGAUGAUGGGAACCCGAUUUAAGCUGAGGGAGGAAUUUGAACUUCCAAUUGAAAAUAAUAUGAGAAUUAUUCUGUGCAAUGUGAAGGAUCUGUUUCUAGCCGUUCGACUGCCGUCUACAAUGGGAAAUACUUGUUACUCUAUUCAAAGGUGCAAUCGUGCAACUGGAAAGCUUGUAGCCAAAUCUAAAAUUUUAUUUCUCUUUGACGACUCUUUGGUGGCCUCACGUGAUGUUCUUUUCGAUAUUUACGGCUCCGUACUUAGUUGCCUGGUGUGCAGUGAGUCAUCACGGAUAUCAAAUAGUAAAUGUCACUUAAUCCAAAAAGAUCUGGAUGCCAUAUUUUCUGUUGCUCAGCACGAGUUUAAUGUGACAUCUCAAACUGCUCUAAAACGUGGUCAGGGAUUAUGGCAUGCGGCGAAAAAAUGUUACUACUUUACUAAGGGAAAUGCGAUAUCUAUCGGCCGAGUCACACUGAAAGAAAACUUUCAUCCAUUUACCGUGGAAAUGUGGGUUUAUCCAUGCAACGCGUUGGAAUAUCAAAGUGUUCUUUCGUUGGGAGACAAAAAUAUGGAUGAGGUUUUGAUUGAAAUUGAGCCUACCCCAGAGGGUGUUUUGUGGCGUGGUGGUUCUAGAACUCCUCAUCUUGGCGCUUCAUUUGUAACAUUUGCAGUUCCUGGGAACCUAGCCUUUUGUCAGCGUUGGUGGCACGUGGCACUUUUAUUUAAAGGUAACUCGUGGGAGCUAUGGGUUAAUGACGCCAUUGUCGCCCGCGCACCAGCUCUCGUUUCUCCAGAGGCGUUGAUAGAUGUUGAGUGUGUUUUGGGAAAAAGCUUUGUGGGAUGCUUAGCUGAGGUGCGUAUAUGGAGCUGUUGCCGCACCCCUGUACAGCUUUCCAGGGACAGCAGGCGUUCUCUCACGACGGUGGAGCCCGCCCUAGCUGGGUACUUCCCACUCGACGAAGGUGAAGGUGACGUGAUUGCUGACUAUGCUGCAAAUGGUUCUCAUGCACUCUUGCACUAUGGACAAGCGACAUGGUUAGCGGUUGAUCAGUUUCCUAUUGCUCCACUAAAUAUUGUGCGUUGCAUUGAUGAUUUUGCACCCAUUGCCUGGCGAGAGUCUUCAGGGAUUCUCUUUUUGUCAAGUUGUCCGGGUUAUAUUGCGGUUGCUGUGCCAACAGAAGGACCUUCUCUCACUAUUUGUGAAUACACAACCUACGAUCUCAGACUGAUAUUUCAGGCGAGAGUGGAACUUCCUAUUCGUACGCCACUUAAAGGCAUGGCAUAUAAUGCGUUGCGGCAUUCGUUAGUUUGUUACGCCUCCACGGCGGAGCAUCCCAAGCGAGUGUUAAUUUGGGAAUUGCAUCAACAACAUUAUUUCCCCCUUUUAAAGAAGGACAGGUAUGAGAAUAUAUUGGAAUGUGAGAGGGAUCUAUUGACACAGUGUGCAAUGUAUGCGAAGCGUCUUGUAGGGGCUGAACGCUGCUUGGUGGAUCAACUAUCAUGGUCUGUUCAUGUCCCGGGGCUUGUUGUUGACACCACCGACGGAUUAAUCUCGAGUUUAUUGCGAAUUAUUCAUAUUGUAUUGCUUGAACAAAAGGAUGAGGACUACACUAGACAGUUAUAUGCGUUGCUACAUGCAAAUUUGCUCUGCCGAGUUGAAAACCAACGAUACAGUCUCAUAAAAGAAAUUGGAGAUGUUUUUCCUGAUGCACAUGCGCUUAUAAAGGCGGCACAAGGUUAUAGCGGAGAGCCUGAUCCAAGAGCCGAAUUAUUACGACUUUCUUUUCAAGAAUCAUUUUUUGAAUCUGGUCUUCUCUCCAUGACGUGCCGUUGUUUGCUCUCUGAAAAAAGUCGUCUUGCUUUUGUGAAGACACAAGCCGGUAGAGGACGAAUUACGGAAAAAGAGGACAUGCUGUUUCGCUCCCUACUUGAUUACUAUGGGUCAUUACAUGCAUCGAGUAUGCUACUGAACAAUACCGACAAUGCUCAACUUUUCUGCUCGUCUUUGAUGGCUGAGGAGGUGUUUCAGGUGGAUCGUUGGCUGGGGGGUAAUGGGAAGGCUCUGGAAGCCAUACAACGGACGAGUCACUCUCUUGAAGUUUUUCAAGAAAUUCUUCUCGCUAAAGCCGUAGAAAAGUAUGAAGGGGAAUGCUGCACCUUUGUGACGACGUAUGCGAAGUUGCUCCUACGAACAAGUGAGAGGGUUAUGGAGAUAUCAUCCAAGGCUCUUCGAAAAAAGCCGGAGCUAUACCUUGGUAAAUUGAUCACCUGCAUUGAAUCUAGCGCAGUGGGGGCGUUAUUACCCUCAUUCACAGUUGCCCUUCCACUACUGCCUACAGGUAUUCAAGCAAGUUGUCUCCCUCCCUUGAAGAGUUGCCGUGAGGCUUUGUUUGCUCUUACCGAUGCUCUUUCUUGCAAUGAGCAAUUACUGUAUGAACUCGGUGUGGCGCUGACCUCAGCGCUGUGUCGAAUAGGUUGCUCUCUGCUUGUCUCCUCCGAUGUGGUGACAACCGAUGUGGAGCUGAAGUAUUUACAUCUGCUGUGGGGCGGUGUUCGCAAGUCAGGGUGUGAGCGAGAUGCUAUUAUUAAAAGCAUACAGCAAGGUGUGGGAUCUAUUUCGAGAGUCGUUGAUGAACUACACAAAGAUGAUCCUGGUGCCUUACUGGUUCUUCGAGAUGAUCGCUUGAUGAAAUUGGAACGACUUCUGAUGGCAGCAUUUUGUGCGCUGCUGAUCCCCACAGAGUCUUUGCGCCAAGCAACAAAACAGACGCUAGCACCCAUGUUUCGCUAUGUUCAUAACAUGCGGGCUUUGGUGCUUUCAACGCGGCAGGAAAACCGAGAGGCACUGGAUGUUUUGGAAGAAAGGGCCAAGUUUUUGGCCCGUUUUGAACCUAUCUCUGGGGCUCGAGCCGAGGAGCUGCCUCGCAUAAGGUCUGCUACCAGAGAUGCGACCCCACAGCGAAAAUGGAAGCGUUUUUUUCAGACCUGGAAGGCAUUGAGGGUUUUGAAAACCAAACUCCCUCAGCAACGCGAGAUAGAGUCGGGUGAACCAGGAGCGGUUAUUUUGCAGUUUCUCUGGGAUAGAAAUGUGGAACGGGAAAGUGUUGACAGUCUUGUUGUGCAACAAACCCAGCGAGCGCAUUAUCGACUUUCUGGUAUGCUACUGCUGCGACAACUAAUUGAGGAGGCAAGGGCAAGUGAGACCUUGGCAAGUAUUGUUCUUCCUGUUUUGACAAAGGCGUUUACAGGAUGGCACUACUCGGAUGAUGUACAGUGCUGUUCAAAGGGAGAUUUUCUUCGGCUCCAUGGCGCCUUCUUUCAGUUAUUGGAGCUUGUGGUGGCCAACGUCAAAGGUGAGACACAUGACAUGUGGGCAGAUGUGUUUUUGUCGUUAUUAAUCUCCGAGCUUCGAGUCAUCGAUUUUCGGAGAGUACGAAGCGAUAUUGUAACGACACUUCGUUCCUUGUGGAGGUUUGAGAAUCGAACUCCCAACGGAAUAUCACAAUUGAAUGGUGAUAUACCAGAAGGUAUGCGCAACACGCGACUUUCCGCAAGUGGGGCAGCUCCAACCCUAGUUAUAGGCCGUUCUGGUUGUACGAUUAAGGGUCUUGGAGGAAGAGGCACGUGCGUGGUUCCUGCUGAAUGGUCUUUGGGCCAAAAAAAUGCCCCUUACUACUUUGAGGUUCUUAUUGUAGACAUGUACCCUGGUGGGAGUUGUUGCGUGGGUGUAGGACCAUCAGACUACAGUGUUUCACGGUUACCUGGAUGGGAUAGUGAGUCAUGCGCUCUGCAGAGCGAAGAGGGCACGCUGCAUGAAAGUAAUACACUUGGCCGGCCCAUAGGUUGCACGUUUGGCAUAGGGGAUGUUAUGGGGUGUGGAUGGAACACAGAAACAAGGGAGAUUUAUUGGACUAAAAAUGGUAAAGAUAUUGUUGCUUCAGUAGAAGUUACACAUCAUAGCCUACAUCCCUUGAUUGGAAUAUGCGGAAAGGGGCUUAUCAAGCUCAAUUUUGGGGCAGAGCGCUUUAUGUUUGAUAAAGUUCCAGGAAUUAAGCCAAUACCACGUCAGUUAGGCGAAAAUGCAUGGGACGUUUUCCGUAUAUUUUCGCUUCGGGCAGCUCUUGCUCUCGUGGAAUCGUGCAGUGCUUCACAAACACACAAUGCGGACCCCGUAGAAGGAUUACGAGGAGUGGUUGAGCAGUGUAUUGAAUCUAGCUGUACCGAGAUGGAACGUGCUCUCUCGCUUCCCAUGUCAGAGUCAUUUAUAAUAUCUUUGUGUUCCCAUUUAACAACCUUGGCAAAGGUGCUCGUGUCUGCGAACGAUGAUGCGUUGACGCCCUGUGUACAACGUGUGGUGGUGGUCAUACAAAGAGUUACACAUCAUACACUUCAGAGUGCUGUGUUGAGUCCUAAAUUGCGUUGCGUGUUGCUGAGAACCUGGUUUGCUUUUACGAACCUGGUACAUCCACACAGUAUCACAGAGGAUGACAAAGUUCCCGGGUUUCUUGAUACGCUGUUGGCACUGGGACGGGAGAUUGAGUGGGCGGUCUCGCAGUGCCCUGGAAUGUCGUCUGAGAGUUGCACAUCUAUGGAGGCAUGGACGGCGCUUGCUUUUAUGCAGUAUAUAAACUGCGACCAUCCGCCGCAUCGCUGGAGGGAUGAGUUGCAUACAUGGCUUAUGCGAAACCUUGAGACACCAAAGGACACGGUAAACACUUCUUUGGCGCUUCGCAUUUUAUUUGGGGCGCCACGACUGCUGGUGCCUGGAGAUCGCGUUGUGGUGCAAAAGUCGAAGCAUACAAAAGUCACAGCUGUUUUGGUUGACUAUUCACUGGACGACGAAACGUGUGAAAUUAUUGAGGAUGAGGAGAAACGACGAAUCAUUUCAUUGCGUCAGACGGACAUCACCAUGGGGGACGAUGCGGUGACAUUUCCUCAAAGCGAUAAUAAGUUUCACAAAAGGCAAGUCACGCAGGUCCUUUGCCUAGCCCAACGGAUCUGGGGUGAGACUGGCGUUGAUAAUGGUUUGACGGGAACCAUCCUUCGAUGCAGAGUACUUGCAAUUAUCUGGCGAUGCGUGCAAAAGGGAUUUCUUGUGGCGCCAAUUGAAGUUCUUCCCAUACUGGCAAAAUUCUGUGAUGGUGGGGAAAACUUUUUGGAGGAGCACCAGGCGUUGGCCCAGGAGCGGUUGGUGAUUGAGCAUUGCCUCCUUGGGCGGGUGCUGAGCGGGAGCAGCGCUGGCAACGCUGCGGGUGCUGUGGCGGUUGGCGGUGGUGACAGUAGAGAGCUACGAACACGCCUUGCACAGGAGCUAUCCAUGCGAGGCUACAAUCUUGACCUCUGUUUUUUGGCGCUGGACGAGACCAAUAAUGACGUCCAGCUGGCUCUUCAGUUACUAGGCGAUCAUCAUGGCGACUUUAUGUCAACAAGACGGCGUACGACGUCUUCCUCCAGUGAAGAUGAAGACAUGAGCAGCGGUGAUGCUGAGAUUGACGCUGCGGAGUAUGAUCUUCACGUUUUGUUCCCCGCUGAAAGCGAUGAGGGAAUAGAUGAGGAAGUUUCUGUGGAUCGUUGCGAUCCCUCGUUGAGCGAUGGGAUCCGCUUUAUUAGGGGCUACAUCUGCGUUGCGGGCGAGCGGCCGUUGGGGCCAAAAUUUACGAUUGAUAUGCAGUUGUAUAUAUUUGACAGUACCGCAACGCAGGUGGUGUUUCAUCAAAAGUCUGUCACGGGAGACUGGAGGCUUAUGGCGCAUAUUCAAAACUCCUCCUUUUACUGCGGUUGGAUGAGGCUAGGAGGCGAUAUCUCAUCACUGUGCAAGUUUUCUAUUCAGUACGUGGACACGCUACGUUGGAUACAGUUAACAAUAGUGCAGGAUGCAUCGGUCUUUUCUCUUUACAAGGCUGGCGUGCUUCAGUCCGAAAUGAAACUUGCGCAACGCUGCGCACUACUUGAGAAUGAACUUUACUUUGGUGGAUCCACGGAGAGUGAGGAAACGCAUUUCAACGGAGGAAUGAAAAAUAUUCAAAUCUUUGGGGCUGCCCUGACGAGGGAGGAAGUGGGUAAUUUGGCUUCGUUGAGAUCGUGGGGUCUGAUUCCGCAUCACUCCCUCUCACUUGUGUGUGCAAGUGACACCAUCAAAGCGAUUUCGAGAGGGACACCGUAUACCGCAAGCGUCACCGUAGUGGGGGCUGUGACGUGGUUUGAACAGACCGAGGGAAGUGGAAGCUCCAAUGAUUUUUGUCAGCACGAGAUUGACUUCACCACACAAAAUGGCGGGGAUGGCAUCUUCAGCGUGGAUACUGUAAAUGAAGCCAGUAGUUUUACUACCCUUUGGAGACGACGGAAGGAACAGCGAAAGGACUAUCUUCUGACAUCUAUUCUCAAACUUGACAAACAACUUGCAUGCUAUUAUGCGGUGGCCAUCCUGACGCACGUGAUGCGGCUUACACCUAAUGUAAAAAAAUUACUCACAAAGGAGCAAGCAAGAAACAUGGUGCGACUUACCGUGAAUUCACUUGACGACGACCUGUUACAGUCACUUUCCGCAACACUACAACAUUUGGCAGGCGCUGACGAUGGGAAUGUUGUAAAUUACGCCAUCGAGGAGCUUGUUGACAUGGUGCAGCGGGAGCAGAAGAUGAUGGUAUUUGAGUCCUCACACCCCUUCAAAUCCACAUCUGAAACGGCUCAUGAGGUUUAUGUGCCUGGUCGACGUGCGUAUGAACUUUACUUUGAUUCACGGUGCUCGUCAAGUAGCGUGCUUGUCACGUUCUACGCUGAUCAUACCCUUUCGAGUAUUAUUGCACAAACUCCUGGCUACGCAUUACAUACGCUCUUGAUUCGAGCCCCACGUUUUUUUUUGAUGUUCGAAUGGAUGCCUCUACUCCCCAAUGGGGAUACAAGGUUGUUGUAUUGUAUGAUGCAUUCGUGCCACGAUCCGCGGCUCGAUUGCUUUACGCCACAUUGUCUGCGGUGA